UCCCGAACCGCGACCGCGUGACCGCAAAGAAGCUCGGAGGGUCGUUCAACGGACCGCUGCAAAAGUCGCCAGCAGAGGACGACAACGAGUCAAAUAUGACGACGAAGAAGAAAACCCGGAAGCUCAACAACAAGAGCCGGACGUUUGCCAGGAGAACGCCGCCGCUUUUUGGAUUUCCUCCUUUUUACCGCAAAGUGGAACCGCCGAAGAGAGGGAUUCCACCUCAGAUCCACGCGCUCCACCGUUGCGGCGGCCCGCUUUGCCUUUUCUUUACGGGCGGAGCGGACGGCGGCGGCGAUGGAGACCAAGGUGUUCCGCUGCCCGGCGCGUCACGGCUACGCGGUGGAGGCGUCGCCCUUCUUCCCCGGCAGGCUGGCGUGCGCCGCCUCCCAGCACUACGGCAUCGCAGGCGGCGGCUCGCUGUUGGUCCUCGACGACACGCCGACCGGACCGGGCCUCGCCCGAAGGUGGGAGUGGAGCGACGGCUUGUUUGACGUGUCGUGGAGCGAAGCCAACGAGAACGUCCUGGUGGCGGCCGGGGGCGACGGCAGCCUGCAGCUGUGGGACCUUCAUCGCGACGCCCCCCUCAGGCUGGCCAAGGAGCACGCGCGAGAGGUCUACGCGGUGGACUGGAGUCAGACGAGAGGCCACGACGCCAUCGUGUCGGGAUCGUGGGAUCGCACCGCCAAAGUGUGGGACCCCACCCUCGGCCAAUCGCUCAGCACUUUCACGGGUCACCAGGGGGUCAUCUACAGCACCAUUUGGUCACCUCACAUCUCGGCGUGCUUCGCUUCAUCCUCAGGUGACGGCACGCUGCGAGUGUGGGACGCGAAGGCGGGCGCCUGCCGAUUGGCGGUGCCGGCGCACGACGCCGAGGUCCUGACCUGCGAUUGGUGCAAAUACGAUCAGAACGUUGCGGCGACCGGCUCGGUGGACGGCAGCGUGCGCGUUUGGGACCUGAGGAACCCCCGGCGGCCCCUCCAUCGGAUGACGGGCCACGACUACGCCGUCCGGCGAGUCAAAUUCUCUCCUUUCAGCGGCAACAUGGUGGCAUCCUGCUCGUAUGAUUUCACUGUAAGGUUUUGGGACUGGAAGCGGGAGAGCGCCCUCGUCGACACGGUGGCACAUCACUCGGAGUUUGUCUGCGGCUUGGACUUCAACCUGCACGUCCCCAACCAGGUGCUGGACUGUUCGUGGGACGAGACGGUGAAGAUCUACACGCCGCCGUGUUUGUCCGGCGCCGGGCCCCGGCCGUGACGAGGUCAACCCGCGCCCCCGCCCCGUCAGCCGCCCCGUGAUGUCGUCGAGUCGAGGAAGCGGCGCGGCGAGGGACGGACCGUGACCUCCAGACGAAGGAGGCGUCGAGGCCUUCUCUGUUUGCGGGGACGGUGAGAAAAGGCCAAGGGAAGCGUUUGGCCAUGCCCGCAAUCAGUUUUUGCGCCAGCUCGCCGCGUCCUCCGAUUUGCGGUGCGUCCGGCGAGCGUGACGCAAGCGGUCGACGGGACGCCUCGGCUUGUCGUCGCUGCUCGCCGACGUGCGCGGGCUCCGGGCCCGAUGAAGGCGGCGCUGCCCGGAGCCGAGUCUCCCCAGAUAACUUUGAGCUUCCUCUUCAACCUUCGACCGUCGGCCGCGCCGAAACGGAAGCGUUUGAGCUUUCCGUUCAAAUGAGUCUGCUAAUCUUUUUGCAACAAUAGACCCCCGCCCACGUGGGCCUGCUGCUAAUCCUCUGCCGGAGUUAAUUGGAAGGAUGCCCCCACCCCCCCACCCGUGACCUCAAAGUCAUUUCCUGAUGCAAAAUUAAAACGAGAGAAUGUGAAAGCUGAGAGGCUGAAUUCCAAUUUGUGCGGGGAUGUCGAACCAUGCGCAGAACACGACCAAGAUCGAAUGCUUUGAACCGCCUCAAAAAGGAAGCGAGGAAUCCGCCAUGCAACGAAAU